GCAUCAUUUGCAUCCUCUUCCUGAUAACAAGUCAUCUCAAUUCUCUCUCUUUCUCAUCAUCACGUCGUUAAGGCCAGAUUCUCCUCUAUUGCCAUCUAUUUAAACCGUCUUCUACCCAACAACCUGCCACUGCUUUAGUUUCUCGCGUGGAAAAUUCGCCAUCUGGUGCAGAUUGGGGACAAAUUUGACUUUUAAACAAGUGAUAGAUUUAAACAGAUUUCAAUCCACCUGUUAUAUCUCUUUUGUGAAAACCUUCUGCUCUUGGACUACAGGUGCUAUUAAUUAAAUACCACUCUACAUGCUCACACAGGAGAAGGGCAUAUCCAUUAUGCCAGCUUUAUAUCCAACCCCGAUGACCCGAACCUUACUGAGGAGGGAUCCCCCGUCCUGCGCACGCGCAUUCACAAGUCAUCCAACAUAUCCAGAACCGUCUUCGCUGUCCCUCUGCUCCAACUCUCGUUUCAACAUAACUCCUGAACCAGCGAACAGCGCCGCAGUACCCAUGGCAACAAAAGUCGCCGCAGCACCGAAGAGCGAUAAACCUGCGAAAAGUCAUAAACGUCGCCAGCUGAAUAACUGCACGAGCUCGAAAAGAGUGAAACUUGCGCCUGAUGUUCCAUCCAUGAAUUCGUCAACGACUACAGCGAUGCCAAAGAGAAAACGUUACCAAAGAAAUCGAUGUCGCACUCGAAGCCCAGCCUGCAUUCAGAAAAUUCGUCGUCAUCGAAGAAUCAAGGCUAACGACCGCGAGAGGAACCGCAUGCACAAUCUCAACUACGCUCUCGAUGGUCUAAGAGAAGUUUUACCCAAGUUUCCAGACGAUACAAAACUGACAAAGAUUGAAACCCUUCGGUUCGCCCAUAAUUACAUCUGGGCUCUAUCUCAGAUGUUGAACAUGGUGGACAGCAGCGAAAACGGUUCAGGAGCGGAGAACCCGUUCUCGGCUCUUCAAGCGAUGACGGGGGCUAUGACGGGAGCGAUGUCGGGAGGAGCGUCGGCAGCAAGUAUGUGCCAGCGUGUGGCUCAUGAGGCGAUGAGGAACGAGCAAAAACAACUUUUGAGCUGCAGGUAUGAACUUUCUACCCCUAUGGUUAAGGAAGAAACAACAUCUUGGGAUUAUCUAUACCCAGAGAGUCCCGAAACAUCAGACUCAUCUCCUGAACCACCAAUGUUUUCAAAGCAUUCUCUUCUGCAGACGUCACCCUUCAAACGCUCACCUAGUCAGCCGACAUACAUGCAAAAUCGCGAUAUCGUUGAUCGAUUAACGCCAUGUGCGUGGCUCACAAAUUAACAACUAACCAAACUAAACUUUUACAACUCACAGAGUAAACUUUCAAAAGAGUUCAAAUUAUCUUCUGCAGAAAUUUAUGGACUAUUUUCACCUCUGAAACACUGCCUCAUGAACUAUGAAAACGAACGGUUUCCAGAAUCAGUUCUUCGUUUAACAAAUUCAAUUGUGUUUCAUAUAAAGUUAAUUAAUUCUCAAUUUGUAUCAUGGGAUUGAUCAUAGAUAACAGUACUUUUAAAGAUCUCAGCUAUCAUAGAUUACGUGUCAACCCUCAACCCCUUUUAUUUUCUUAAAACAACUGCUAUAACUCCAACAAAAUGUGCAAUUUCUUCGCUCCAUAAUCAGUACAUAACUAAAGGUCAACUCAAACCGUCCAAUUUUUUCAUAUACUAGCUUCCAGGAGGGGCAGGUGAUCCGACUUUUUAAAAUUCUUAUUGUACUCAUAAAUUUUACCCCCAAAAUAAGUCUUACGUCGAAUAUUUCAUACAGCUUGUGCUUUAUGAUUGAUAUUUCAUUUUUACAAUAAUUAAUCAUUAUUAAAAUGAAGAACAUUUUCGAUUCACCAGAACAGAAAUACGAGAAGAGUAGAAAAUUAUUUCGAAAUGAGAAUGUUGAUGUACACGAGCAAUAUUUGUUGGUAUGGCAUUUGCAUGUCUUUUCAUAGAGUAUCGAAUGUAUAUACUGUGUAUUUAUAUUGUGCUCACACGUGUCAAAUGUAAUUGAUUUGUACAUAAUGCUGGGUGCUGGAUAAAUUUUAUAAAUGAUUUUGUAAAUAUAUAGAUACGUUUUCAGGUGUGAGUAUUUUAUAUGAGAACAACCUCAUCGAGGGCAAAUGUUGCAAUAAUAUCGCAAAAUGAAACAAGUAAAUGUUUAUUUCUUAUUUUCAUGACAGUAGAGAUACAUGUAUGCGUACACACUGUAUAUAAUAACGAAUACUGAAUUUGACCAUUUAUAAACAAAAAAUCGUAAAAUAAGUAUCUCCGCUGCACUCACAAAUACAUUGUAAACAUGUUUAGGUGUUAGCCUAGUUAUACAAAUGUAGAAAUUGAAACAUAUCAUGAUCCACUUUACGAUUGCUAUCAUGUUUUCGUGUAAAAUGAUAUACCAAUAAUUAUCAGAUUUACACAAACUAUUUUUCUGUUUUAAAAUAGUCUUCAAUCAUUUAUUCGUUUCUCAUGAUUUUUAUCCAACUGUGUUAUAUAAUCACAUUUUAAUCAAAGUAAUUCAUUAUUCACGGUCAUUACACAUUAAUGUUAUCACGUUGCGACGAAGGAAUAGCCAGUCCUCUCCUAAUUGACAAAAAUGUUCAUUUUAAAAGAGGAAGAAAAAGAAAGAAUAGUGGAGAAAGGAGAAAGAAAAUAUGGGCAAAGAGAUGGUUAGAUCAUGGACCUAUAAUGGUUAGAUCAUGUUCAACCCAAAUAAUGUAUUUUUUGGUUAUCUUUCUCAGUAUCGCUGUCCUUACGCUCUUCAAAAAAUUUGGGUCAGAUUGGACAUGUUGAACGAGUCUCUUCGUACCACAUCCCAUUCUGAGUAAAACAUGACCCGUAUAUGUAAAUAUAUAAAUGUGACAAUUUUGGGGUGAGAUCUAACCCAUUGUGUCACAUCGGAUCAUUCUUUUACCCUGACCAGAGUGGGGCAACAAUUAACCCGGAUUCAAGGUCAAUCUAACCUGGAAUUUUCAAGAGUGAUAACUAUUAAUAUAAAAAAAUAACAACUUAUCACCUUCCUUUUCUUAUCAGUUAUUUUGUAACACUUACUGUGCCUUUAUGUAUAGUGAUAACUCUUCCAAUCGAACAUCCCUGAUUUGAAUACAGUGUUCCUAAUGACUGAUUAAUGUUUUAAUCAUUCUUAUGAAAGUGAUUACAACAUACGCUUCACGACAGUGAAAAUUAUAACUAUUGUUGUAAGAAAUAAUAAACAAAAAGGGAAUCGGUGCAAACAA